CUGAGACUUGAACGGAACAAGAAUCCACUGUUCCCCUCCCUGACCUCGUGUUCCUUACCCUCUAUGAAACACAUCUCCAACCAUGAAUGAAGUAAAUAUAAUCAGAGAGGGAUGGCUUCACAAAAGAGGUGAAUAUAUCAAAACAUGGAGGCCGAGGUACUUCAUCCUGAAAAAUGACGGUUCCUUCAUUGGCUACAAAGAGAAACCUGAUCUUAACGACCAGAUUUCACCUCCCCUCAACAACUUCUCAGUGGCAGAGUGUCAGUUAAUGAAGACUGAAAGACCCCGGCCUAACACAUUUGUAAUCCGUUGCCUACAGUGUACCACUGUCAUUGAACGCACCUUUCACGUGGACAGUAAUGAGGAGAGAGAAGAGUGGAUGCGUGCAAUCCAGUCGGUGGCAAAUAGUCUGAAGAUGCGAGAACAGGAGGAGGAGGAGGAACCAAUGGAUCUGUUUGGCUCACCCAGCGAAAGCAGCCUGGAGGAGAUGGAGGUGUCUCUGACCAAGAACGGCUCCAAAGUGACGAUGAGUGACUUUGAGUACCUGAAGCUUCUUGGAAAGGGGACGUUUGGGAAGGUGAUUCUGGUCAAAGAGAAGUCUACCAGUGUACAUUAUGGCAUGAAAAUACUGCGCAAAGAGGUCAUCAUAGCCAAGGAUGAAGUGGCACAUACAGUUACAGAAAGCAGAGUGUUACAAAACACAAGACACCCCUUCCUAACGACACUGAAGUAUGCCUUCCAAACUCACGAUCGACUCUGUUUUGUAAUGGAAUACGCCAAUGGAGGAGAGCUCUUCUUCCACCUGUCCCGGGAAAGAGUGUUCACAGAAGACCGGGCGCGCUUCUACGGUGCUGAGAUUGUGUCGGCACUCGAGUACCUCCAUUCACGUGAUGUUGUUUACCGUGAUCUAAAGCUGGAGAAUCUGAUGCUGGAUAAAGACGGCCACGUAAAAAUCACUGAUUUUUUCCUUUGUAAGGAGGGCAUUACCCCUGAUGCUACCAUGAAAACGUUCUGUGGUACUCCUGAAUAUCUGGCUCCUGAGGUCCUAGAAGACAAUGAUUAUGGACGGGCGGUGGACUGGUGGGGGCUGGGUGUAGUCAUGUAUGAGAUGAUGUGUGGCCGCCUGCCUUUCUACAACCAGGACCAUGAGCGUCUGUUUGAGCUCAUCCUCAUGGAGGAGAUCCGUUUCCCCAGGAAUCUGUCUCCAGAGGCCAAGGCACUCCUGGCCGGCCUGCUGAAGAAGGACCCCAAACAGAGGUUGGGUGGCGGUCCCAAUGAUGCCAAAGAAGUAAUGAGUCACAAGUUUUUCAUUACCAUCAACUGGCAGGAUGUGGUACAGAAAAAGCUCACACCACUAUUCAGACCGCAGGUGACGUCGGAGACGGACACGCGGUACUUUGAUGAUGAGUUCACAGCGCAGACCAUCACGCUCACCCCCCCGGACAAGUAUCACAGCUUGGACUGCGAGGAACCUGGCCAACAAGCACAUUUCCCCCAGUUCUCCUACUCUGCUAGCAUCAGAGAGUGAUAGCAUCUCUCAC